GCGGCUGACAUCAUGAAAGAGAAGAGUAAGAACGCGGCUCGCUCUCGGCGGGAGAAAGAGAACACGGAGUUCCUGGAGCUGGCCAAGCUGCUGCCGCUGCCCUCCGCCAUCACCUCGCAGCUGGACAAGGCCUCCGUCAUCAGACUCACCACCAGCUACCUGAAGAUGAGGCAGGUGUUCCCUGAUGGUCUGGGAGACGCCUGGGGCGCCGCGCCUCCGCCCCUGCAGCCCCGCGAACUGACCAUCAGGGAGCUGGGCUCCCAUCUACUCCAGACCCUGGACGGGUUCAUCUUCGUGGUAGCCCCGGAUGGCAAGAUCAUGUAUAUUAGCGAAACGGCUUCGGUACACCUUGGACUCAGUCAGGUGGAACUAACAGGGAACUCUAUCUACGAAUACAUCCAUCAAUCAGACCACGAGGAGAUGAACGCUGUCCUCAGUCUCCAACAUCCACACUCGUAUCUGGGUCACCAGUACCCCUCCCUUGGGUAUCCAGUAGGCGGGACGUGGGCUCCGACGGUGGACAUCGAGUGUGAACGAGCCUUCUUCAUCAGGAUGAAGUGUGUGCUGGCGAAGAGGAAUGCUGGACUCACCACGGGAGGGUACAAGGUGAUCCAUUGCUCAGGCUACCUCCGGGCGCGGCGCUUCGGCGAGGGCUCCGCCCCCCUGGGGCUGGUGGCGGUGGGGCACUCGCUGCCCACCUCCGCCGUCACCGAGCUGAAGCUGCACUCCAACAUGUUCAUGUUCAGGGCUUCUUUGGACAUGAGACUCAUAUUCUUGGAUGCCAGAGUCGCCACUCUGACCGGUUACGAACCCCAGGAUCUGAUAGAGAAGACGCUAUACCAAUACAUUCAUGGCACCGACGUCCUGCACAUGAGAUACUCGCAUUUGACCCUACUAACCAAAGGUCAAGUGACGUCACGUUACUACCGCUUCCUCACCAAGUCGGGCGGCUGGGUGUGGCUGCAGAGCUACGCGACCAUAGUGCACAACUCGCGCUCCUCCCGCCCGCACUGCAUCGUGUCCGUCAACUAUGUUCUCAGUGACAUUGAAGAAAAAAACCUCAUACUCAACUUAGACCAAGGCCCGCCCAAGCUGAAUAACCACGUGGACCCUCCCCACGGCCCUCCCACGACCUCCCCACAAAUAGCGAUCAGAAACGACAAAAUCAGCCACAUUCACCUCAACGAAAGCGAUUUCAGUGGAGACUCUAGCGGGGGUUACAACUACCCAGAAUAUUCUCUGCCCGUCAUCCCUUCCUACGAGUCUCAAGAGGAGUACCACCAGAACGGCUACCCGGAAUUAUUCUACAACGAAAACUAUCAAGAAACCAGCGAAAUUGUGCCAAAUUAUGUCAACUACCCGCAAAAUCAAAGGCCGUUCUCCGCGAGCAGUUCUUCAUGUAGUUCUAUAGAAAGUUCCGAAGUUAACCAACAGUAUAAUUACACAAAUUUGAUCACUUUUUACGGGCAGGGCCAAGCGCAGAACGGAAGACCGCUUGUGGAGAACAAUUUCGCUGGGAAUUUCGGGAAAAUGACGCCGAGCCCGUCGGUACAAGAAGGUUACACGAGCGUGAUUGUCGAUAAUACCCAGCAGUUUCACCACCACGGCAGCAGUGUGAAUGAGUUUGUACAUUGACAUUUUAGUUAGUAGCUGGUUGGUCGCAGAGGACUCCGGGACUCACGUCAGGAGGAUGAGUUUGAUAGGUAUAACGCGUAACGAUCAUAAUCCAAGCUGGGUUAGGUCUCCCGUUAGAAUCUUGGGAUUAAGUCUGGAAACGCUUCAAGGCGUUCCCAUUCCUGAAUAAUGGUCAAAGAGAUACUAAGAGGCCCUAAGAGGGUGAACGCAACAAAAAGAACACUCCAUGGCGUGUACAACAUACAUCUAAUUACGUCUUUAUACCUUGCAGGUUAGACAGAGCCAACAGUUUUCAAAAGACUGAAAGGCCAUGCUCAGCUGUUUGGUUUAAUGAUAAAUUGUUAUGAUUUGGAUUAAUGAGAAUUUGGCGUGUACAAUGAAAUAGUUAUAUUGAUCUCCGUCGAAAUAAAACUAUAUAUCAGAGGAUCGAUUACUAUCGGUUACUGCUGAAAUCGUGUUUUCCUCAUUAUAUCUUGUUUAACGAAAAUACGCUGAAUGCGUUUUCAGCAGGGCAUUUGAAUCUUAUCGAGAGAUGUUAUACCACAAUGAGUUUUUAUUGAGUUGAGCAAAUCAGUUUGAAAAUAAACCGAUGCUCUUAUUAUGAAAGAAACAUCGUGAGGAAACCUGCACAUUAAGACAUCUGGUUGGGUACCAUAAUAAGUCAGGUGAACUAUAGUUUUCUUCUUUGGUGGUGGUAACGGACCGAUAUAAACACCAGGCAGACCAUGAAUAUAAAAAUAAUGGC